AUGCCUCCGUUUCGCAACUUACUGAACCGCAAACCCGCGACUUCCGACGGUAAUGACGACAAGAAUGAGACAACCCAAAGCCAACAAUCUGCGCAGUCCUUGGACGUCCCGCGCAGUACCCCCUUGAGUUUGAAUAAUAGCAGAGAAGAAGUGCGGAAUGAAUACAAGUUGAGCGUGGUGAAUGACAGCGGCGUAUAUCUACCACCCUCGCCUCCAGAAAAACAGAGUUUCUGGACUAGAUCCCCAAACAAGAUACCAACAACAAAUCAUCGAAACCGAGUCGAUGAAAAUGAACCGUUCUCCAUAUCUCGCGAAUCAUUCGACUCUUAUCGGCGGUCGUUUGACAUCUCGGCCAGAUCGCCGGUUCUAUACGCCGAUAACAUCCAAUCACGCACAUCAUUAGACUCUCGAUUCUCACGAUUAAGUGAACACCCUUCCACAAAAGGUCCAACGACCGGAGGCCCGGAAUCUAUGGAAGAAGAGACGUUUGAGGACGUGGGCUUAGCCGACGAAGAUUCGAAACCUAGAAAGAGAGGCUUGUUUGCUCGCUUUGGCGACAACUCGUCCGACAAUACCAGCAAUAACAAUAACAAUAAUAAUCGACCUAGUUCGUCGCACCUAGGGUUCCGUCUUCCUGGUCGAAAGAGAGCCCAGAGCGGCCAAGGAGCCGAGCUAUCAAAUUAUGGGCUGGAGGUACCGACAACGGAAGUUUAG